CCUGCUCGCGCUGCAUGAUCGCAUCCCGUGUUUGUUUGCGUGUGAAUAUGAACUGUCUUUUUUCUCUCCUGUGAUCAGAAACCGUGAGGACUAAUGGGGAUUGUUUCACUCUACCUUGUCUUUCACUUCUGGCUCGCCACUGUCGGAGGGACGUGUUCUCAAUUUAACGCUCUCUCCUGUGACGAGUGUCUGCAGCUGGGGCCACAGUGCGCCUGGUGCACACUACAGAAUUUCACCGACUUUUUCUCAAUCGGCGAGAGAUGCGACACACCAGAUGCUCUUCUUCAGAAGGGCUGCUCCGACGAAUUUGUGGAGUUCCCCGUCACGAAUGUCAAAGUGCUGAAGGAUCAAGGCUUAGGAAAGAGUGCCAGCCACACUAAUGUUUCAUACAUCGCACCGCAGAAGAUGCACCUCCAGCUUAGGCCAGGAAGUCAGCUGACCUUUCAAAUUCAAGUGCAGGAACCGGAGGACCAUCCGGUGGACAUUUAUUACCUGAUGGACCUGUCAGCAUCGAUGAUUGAUGAUCUGAAAAUGAUCAAAGACUUGGGUUCGACGCUCUCCAAAGAGAUGGCUGAGCUUACCAGCAAAUUCAGACUAGGAUUCGGUUCCUUUGUGGAGAAACCAGUUCUGCCUUUCAUCAAGAUAACACGCGAAGAGUUGGCCAAUCCCUGCAGGAGUGUUGAUUAUGAAUGUCUCCCCACAUUUGGAUACAGACAUCUUCUGUCAUUAACAAGCAGUACUGACAAGUUUAAUGAGAUCAUCUCAAAGCAGCAGGUAUCGGCGAACAUGGACGUGCCAGAGGGCGGUUUUGACGCCAUCAUGCAGGCUGCGGUGUGCGGGGACAGGAUUGGCUGGCAGAACAAUUCCAUGAAGCUGCUGGUGUUCGUGAGCGAUGCAGAUUCUCAUUUUGGGAUGGACAGCAAAAUGUCCGGCAUCGUUGUCCCCAAUGACGGAGAGUGUUACCUGGACGACAACAAUGAGUAUUCCAUGACUGCCCAUCUGGAGUACCCAACAUUAGGGCAGCUUGUCGACAAACUGGUUGAAAACAAUAUCCUCCUCAUAUUCGCUGUGACCAACAAUCAGAGACAGAACUAUGAGAAUUAUGCAAGUCUGAUUCCUGGUGCUACUGUGGGGGUGUUGGCAUCCGAUUCAAGGAACAUUCUGGAACUCAUCAUGACCUCAUAUAAGGAACUGAGGUCAGAGAUUGAUCUGGAGGUUCUGGGCAACACUGAGGGUCUGCAGAUUUCCUUCACAGCACUCUGUCAGGAUGGGACCAUCAUCCCUGGAUGUAAAAACUGCUCCAAUGUCAAAGCUGGUGAUGUGGUAUCUUUUAAUGUUACGGUCGAGUUAAAAGGCUGUCUUGCCGGUCCACGGCACUUUUCCUUGCGGCCGGUGGGUUUCCAAGAUGCCCUGGAGAUCGAACUGGAGUCUCAGUGUGCGUGUGACUGUCAUCAAACCCCUGAAGCGAACAGUGCCUACUGCAGCCGAGGGCGUGGGACACUGGAGUGCGGUGUUUGUGUGUGUGAUCCAGGCUUUGUGGGGACGAAGUGUGAAUGCACAGAGGGCCAAGAACAAAUCAGUGACUGCAGGGCACAUGAAGGUGCGGAGAAAUGCAGCGGCCUGGGCGAAUGUUUCUGCGGACAGUGUGUGUGCCACCCGUCCAGUUUUGGUCGCGUGUACGGGCCGUACUGCGAGUGCGACAACUUUUCCUGCCUCAGGUUCAGAGGAGAGCUUUGCGGAGGUCAGUACCCAGUGUCUUGUGUGGAGUGUUACCUCAAAGCUAAGGACCCGUCGGACGAGUGUGCUGUGAAGUGCAACUCCCUACAUGCCACUGUCAGCAAUUCCACAGAUUUUGAGGAGAGUCGGGCGGCAUUGUGCACCUUAAAGAGUGAGGACCACUGUCUACUGUCUUUCAGCUUGGUGGACAGUGAUCAUGGCAGCAUCAUUUACAACCUCAAGCUGUAUGACUGCCCUGAGCCGCCAAACGCUCCGUUGAUCGCUCUGGGCGUGUGCAUGUCUGUCCUCAUUAUUGGCAUUACGCUCCUUGUGAUCUGGAAGUUUCUUGUUUCUGUCCAUGACCGGAAAGAGGUUGCCAAGUUUGAAGCAGAGAAGACAAAAGCAAAAUGGCAGUCGGGCACAAAUCCUCUUUUCAGGAGCUCAACAUCAACUUUUAAAAAUGUGACCUACAAAAGUGCAGGGCAGCAAAAGACUUAUAUUUCUUAGGGCUACUGACCAAUUUUGUGUGUUGAAACACAGAAAGUAGGCUUCUAUUUACCAGGAGCGAUUACUGUUUUCUUCUGUAUUAUUUUAUUUUCUUGUACUGUACAAGUGAAACACUGUGUGUGUGCGUGUGUGUGUGUGUGUGUGUGUGUGUGUGUGUGUGUGUGCACGUGUGAUUGUAAGCUGGGGUAAGGACUGUCAAUUACUCGCAGUGAAUUUAUUUUAAAAACUGUAAAUAAUUGUUCUGUGUUGUGCUGCUAAAAGUGCUAAAGGUACUGUUAAAUCUGGGCAACACUGGAUCUUCUUGUUUUACAUGUAGCGUUUCUUGUUGUUAAGCAAAAUGCUUUUUCUGUAGUUAUUUGUGACAUGUUUGGGAUUGGUUAGUUGAGGCUGAGCCUUUUGUAAUUAGAUAUU